CGCCCUCUAGCGGAAAUUUCUUCACGAAAAUACAUCGUGAAUGUGGCGUGUGUUGUUUGGAAUAUUACGAGUCGUAAAUAAAAUUGCUUCCAAUGGAUUACUAAUUUUAGUUAUAACUGAACUUUAAUUGUGUUAAAAGAUUAUACUGUUAAGAAACUUUCUGUGAAUAAUAUUAACUGAUGCCAAAAGGUGGUUAACGUUUGGUAUUUUGUCAUAUGUUGCACGCCUGUCUGGGAGUUCGAAGAAGACAAAAAAAUAAUCAGUAAUUUCGAUGCUAAAUUGAUAAUGCAAAAUAGACUUGACCAGUCUUUUUUCACGUCAAACUUCCUCGUGAGGAUGCGGUGCCUUAAAAAUAAAUACGAUGUAUGUUAAGGUUUCUAUUUUUGAUUCACCAUAAUGGUUGUCAGAUCUGAAAUUGAAUAGCAUCAUAAUGAGUCACAAUCUGGCGGGAAUGCCAUCAUACAGGCUGCCGGGCUCAGGACUAGGGCCUCCGGACUUCAAACCGCCUAUGGACACACCAACACCACCGGCACCGGCGCCAAGUAAUCCUAAAAAGCGCAGAAAAACCUCUAAUGCCAAUAAUGCACUUACACCGCAACCACCACCGACAGCACAAGACCUUCUGCCUCCCCCAUUAACUGGAUAUGGAGAUACAAUAGUGGCAUCCAAUCCCUUCGAUGAUUCACCAUCAACGGUUUCCCACAAUGGUCCAAUGAUGAGCCAGAAUGGACCAAUGAUGAACCAAAACAGCUCAAUGGGGAUGAUGGGACCUAUGCAUGGUAUGGGUGGACCUCCAAUGAGACACAUGAGCCCCUUACCUCAUAGUAUGAGUCCUAUGAAUCAACCAAUGCCUCCUAGAGGAGGAAUAAGCCCAAUGGGGAACAUGAGUCCAAUGGGGCAUAUGGGAGGCAUGUCACCAAUGGGAGGGCCAAAUAUGGGAAUGAGCAACCACAGUAUGGGGCCAGGAAUGGGGCCAACAUCAAGGUCAAUGGGCAGUCCAAUGAGUCCUAUGAAUUCAAUGCCAAUGGGUUCUCCCAUGCCAUCUGGACCAAUGGGUAGUCCUAUGAAUAUGGGUUCAAUGACAGGGAGUCACAUGAGCAACAGUCCAAUGGGGCCACCAAUGCACAGUCCACUGGGGGCAGGGUCAAUGAAUGGGCCUAUGAAUGGACCCAUGGGUGGUGGAGGACGCAUGAAUGUGCCCCGUAUGAAUGGUCCAAUGGGGCCUAGCUGUUCAAAUGGCUCAAUGGGGCCUACUAGUUCUAUAAUGUCAUCUAAUCCCAUGCAAAGUGGGGGGAUGGGCCCUGGACAUUGUGGUCCAAUGAGACAUGGCAGUCCUAUGGCUUCUGGCAUGGGAGGUGGUCCAAUGGGCGGUAAUGGUCCUAUGACAUCUAUGGGGCCUGGUCCUCCAUAUAGCGGUAGUCACAUGGGUCAUGGAGGUCCUAUGGGCAUGGCUGGAAAUGGAUCUAUGGGUAUGGGGCCUGGACCUGGUAAUAUGGGGAAUUGUGGUCCUCUUGCUGGCAUGAGUGGAAUGGCCAUGGGUGGACCAGGUGGACAAGGAGUUGGACCGAUGGGACAAGGCAUGGGAAUGUUUGGCCCUAAGCCAAUGCCAGUCAGUGCUGGGAAAGUGUAUCCACCAGAUCAACCCAUGGUUUUUAACCCUCAAAACCCAAAUGCACCACCCAUAUACCCAUGUGGGGUGUGUCAUAAGGAGGUGCACGAUAAUGAUCAAGCAAUCUUAUGCGAGUCUGGUUGCAACUUUUGGUUUCACAGGGGGUGUACGGGGCUGACGGAACCGGCGUUCCAGUUGUUGACUGCAGAAGUGUAUGCAGAGUGGGUGUGUGACAAGUGCCUACAGUCCAAAAAUAUCCCACUAGUGAAGUUUAAGCCAUAGCGAUGCGCUGCGCCGCCUUCACCCCUAUUCCUGCCACACAUCUGAGUCGGAUGCCACUUCGUAACAUCACAAGUAUUUAUUUCAUUUCAUGAUUAAUAUGGACAUUGAAGGCUAGCGCACACCAAGUCUGCACCGGCGGACGUUAUACGCAACCGGCGAACUUCAGUGCCUCCGAACGUCCUAGUCUAUGUGAGCCUUAGAGUGUAAUGGUUAUUUACGACUUGGGACAUGAAGUCACUCAAUCGGUUGUAAGGAGUCGGUCUGUCGUUAGUCUUGCUAAGAAAGAUCUCAUGUUGGAUAGUUACAAUUUAAGAAUGUUAUCGAGUAUUGAUGGUUUAAAAUCAGUAUAAAUUUAUCAAAUGCUAUAUCUACUAACCGAUUUGAACGGAAUGAAAGGUAUGGAAAACAUGUUAUCUAUGAAAAUGCAGACGGUCCUGUUAUGUCUAGUCUGUUAUGAUUGUCAUUUUAUCUUAUUUAUAUUUAAUCUAUUGCUAAGAUGUGACGGUUGCAGUACAAUUAGUACGGAGUAUUGACGGCACGUGUUCCUUUGUAAAGCAUAUCUGUUUGAGCAAAUAUAAGCGUGUUGGUGUAAUAACUAAUGUACACUAAAUUUAAAAUAUAAACAAUAACGUCGACCCAAGAAAUUUUCGAUGCCUCGUUCAUGUAUCGCUUAAGAAUUUGUGCAUAAUGUAAAUAUCUCUUAGAUGAUAAGCCUAACUUUCCGCCUUAUGAAAAUGGUGACCUGUAAGUUCAUGUGCGUGCGCGCAUUCGCCGCCGUUGAGUGUGGUACGCACUGUCAGCGUCAUGCCUUUAAACUGCGCGAUCGUUCCGAUGACGUCACAGUUGUACGCCCAUGGCGCAUUGGUACAAAAGCACCUUAGGCGAUCUUUAGUUUGACUACUUUGAUAAUAAUGUACUUAGUAUUUCGGUGCCCUAAUUUGCAUGUAACAUUAUGCGCGUUAUCUGUACGUACUUGUAAAUAUAAUGAAUCCAUACGCUUUGUUAAGUAUAAGGGUGUUAAAUGUGUUUGUCAAUUUUUUUACUUUUGGAGACUUUUUUUUAAAUAAAAGAAAUGUAAUAUAAGUUGUGUAAAUACUUAUGUAGCUUUGAUGAAAUGAGAUUAUACAAUUGGUCAGUGGACUCCAGAGGUGCGCUUGGUUGUGAUUUAUUAAGUGCGUGUUCUAGCAUGCAUGUUGUUUUUAUAUUCUGCACAAGAGCAUCAAACGAUCUGGAGUCAGUCGCGGUCUUGCUACAAAUAUUGAUUUCAAUAUUAUGGGACAUUAAAAACGUUUAAGAACAAAUGCAUAAAAAGCGGAAUUCAGAAAAUAAACAACCUUGUAAAUAUGUAUUUGAGUGCCUAUACAAAUAUUGAGCAUUUUAAACAAUAAAGAAUUUAUAUAUUUUUACCAUUAUUUUAAUCUCCGAAACUUAUAAGUUAUGAGAUAUUGAACAAGCAACUAAAGCAAUAUGGCCCAAGUUAACGAAAUAAUUUUGAUUAAUAGUUUUAUAUUUAUUUUCCGAAUUGGCCGCUAUCUUAAAUAUUUUUAAGAGUAAUGAAGUAUCUAUUUAUAAACAUUUAGUUAUAGAAUUUUUGAAAACUGCUGCACAUGCACUUAAACUUCAUUUUGGGUUGUGUUGAUAUCGUAUUUUUAUAAAACAGAAUGUUUUAUGUAAUUUUUUUAAGGAUUUUUUGAGUCUCAAGUUCACUGCAUAAAACGUACUACAUAAGACGUACGUGACCCGCGGGACGCACGUACGUGGCUCCCAGGACCAGUGAGAGCCGUAGGUAUGCGCAAGAUUCGUAAUGUGGUAACACCUUACGGUUUUGUUCACAAUAUAACUCUGGAAUUGCUAUUGCGUUCCAAGCUGUUAUUUGUAUGGUGCAUUUUACGUCAGAGAAAGCAAAUGUUCACACAGCUUUUGUCAGAGUUAUACCAAGUUUACUAUUACGUAGAAACAAUGGUGUCUGCUAUAUUCGUAUUUGUUUUUAAUUACACAAGUAUUCGUUUUUAUACAAGAUAAAAUAUUCUACAAAGCAGGUCGUAAUUUUGAGAUUUCUACGAAACUUUAAUUUUGCGUUAACUAUGCAGCAGAAUUAAUUAGUAGUGUAGGUGAGUUUUUUAUUCAAGAAUAUAUGAAUUUUAAUAAGUUUAAUUCUAAUGUUUACAAUUUUGCCAUACUAUAAGAUGUAUUUUUAUAUAACGGCCGUAUAAUGUAUAAAUGCUUGUGUUUGUGAACAUAAAUUAAUUCUGUUCAAAUAAAUAAUUUUAUCAAAAUUUACGUAUGAAAUUGUGGCCGUUCUACUUUCGUAUAAUCAAUUGAAAACAGCCAUGACAUUGACACCCGUAUUCACAAACAGAACUGUGAGGACACAGCGCGCCCGAACAGAGUCGACAAUUUCAUAGUUUUGUUUAUCUGACAGCCAACUAAAGUUAUAUGAGAUAUUAGCCGACCACAUCGCUGCUAUGCCUACGCACUUCGAAGGCUGUCAUACCAAAACCACUGAGGAUCAGAUAUGUUCCGUAUUUAGCUAUGUAAUGUUUGUGAAUGCGGGUCUUAGUUUAGUAAGCAAUUGUCCCUAGAGAUUUGAGUGACUAAUCUAUGUGACAGAUUAUGCAAAUUUCUGUGUGCAAAGUGUUAUAUAGUUUACAUUUUGUGCGCCUUAAUGUUAAAGCUACUGGCAGACGAGAAAGAUAUGAAUACUAAUUAACAUGAUUUGUAAAUAUAUUUAAAUACGGAUCGACGAAUAAUUGCUAAUAAUUGUACAGUUAUAAUUAGAAUCUAUAGAAUAUUCGGCCAUGAAUGUAUGUUACGAUUUAAACAUCACAAUUAUGACACGGAGACUGCUGUUGUUCACUGAUACGGUGUUGCAAAGGGAUUAACGGUAUUAAAUAAUGAUUUAGACUUAAUUUGCAAUAUAUUUAGUAAUGUGUGUAGUUUUGUUGUAGUUGUUUGUGUUUUGUCGUGCUUUCUCUGACGUUAAAUAUCGCUCAACAUGCCAAGAAAAAUACAUAAUAAUUAUUACAGAAUCACAUAUAAUUACCGCAUGACUAACGUUAGAAGUGUACUUAUCAGCCCUAUACAUUAAAACAAAAACCUACCCAUUUAUCAAUUUAUUUGAUGGUUGGGGUAGAUAAUUAUUUACAUUUGUAGUAAAAGCUGAUGACAAAAUUAAUAAAAAUAAUAUUAAAGCCCGGAAUACAUGAUAAUGUAGUGAGAAAAUACUUUUAUUUGAAUGUAUUUGUUGCGUUGUGAAAAUACAAGGAAAUUUGCCUAUAUCGUUUGUGGCAAUGAGAUUACAUUAUUUCGAGCUGUGCCGACUACAGGCUUUACUAAUUACAUGUUUAUUCGAGGCAUAAAUUUAUAACAAAGUUAAUAUGUAAUCCGUAAUAAAACCAAUUUGUAUCUUACGUGAAACCGGCCGCGACUUUUAAACGAUGCAACAUCGUAUAGUGCACAACGAGCUUUAUCCUGUGAAGUGGCAAUGAAAUCGUUUUAGCUCCAACGAUCCGUUGCGAGUGAAGUUGUAAAGCAGAUUUUAUUAAAUCUAAAAUAGAAUCGGUGGUCUUAAACCUGUGCAUAGUUUAUUUUGUAUUAUGUGAAUAAUAACAAGCAAUAAUAAAAUUGUUAUUGAGAAA